CGCGCCUCGCGGCGGUGGCGCUGCCCACUUCCGGCUCCGCCGCUAAGGGAGGAGGAGCCGCUCCGCCGCCCGCUGCCCCGGGCCAGCCCCGGGGAUGGUGUUGGCCGUGGGAGCCGGGCCCUGACGCCGUGCUCAGAUUGAAGACAGCAGUAAUGCUAACUCUGGCAAGCAAGUUGAAGCGGGAUGAUGGUGUCAGAGGACCCCGUGCAUCCAACCCAGCUUCUGAUUCAACUCGGAGGGUGUCUGUUCGGGAUAAAUUACUUGUUAAAGAGGUUGCAGAACUUGAAGCUAAUUUACCUUGUACAUGUAAAGUGAAUUUUCCUGACCCAAACAAGCUUCAUUACUUUCAGCUAACUGUAACCCCAGAUGAGGGCUAUUACCAAGGUGGAAAAUUUCAGUUUGAAACUGAAGUUCCUGAUGCCUACAAUAUGGUGCCUCCGAAGGUAAAAUGCUUGACAAGAAUCUGGCAUCCGAACAUUACAGAGACAGGAGAAAUCUGCUUAAGUUUAUUGAGAGAACAUUCAAUUGAUGGCACUGGCUGGGCUCCAACUAGAACAUUAAAGGAUGUUGUCUGGGGGUUAAACUCGUUAUUUACUGAUCUUCUGAAUUUUGACGAUCCUUUGAAUAUUGAGGCUGCAGAGCAUCACUUGCGUGACAAGGAGGACUUUCGGAAUAAAGUUGAAGAUUACAUUAAGCGCUACGCGAGAUGAUGAAGGGAGAUGAAUGGCAGGACCAUGGCUUCCACACUAGAGUUAUCCUUACCUUCAACAACAACAACACAACCAGCCCGGAUUGUACUAGUCCUGUGUCCAUGUUGUACUGAAGAAGAAAACUAACUUCAUAACUUGUCCAUGUUAAAAGGAGAGUUCAACAUAAAUACAGCAAGAAAUUGUGUAUGUUGGGUGAAAAAGUUGUUUGGUUCCUUUAAAAAUGUUUACUCUUCUGACCUGUACUGUAUAUCCUGUUGAUGAGAUAUGCUUGAGAAGUCAAAAGAAAUCACUAUUGAAAUUGUAAUUACACUUUUUUGUAACUCCUGCCUAGUUUGGAGGGGGGAAGAUAGAAACCCAACCAAACAGAUGAGGUGACGUGCGUCUAGAACACUUCAGGUUGGCAAUAAAAUGGUCUCUUGUGAACCAAAUCACAAUCCUGUUGCCUUUGAUGAGCAGAAACAAUAAAGAAACAAGAAAAGCUUUCUCUAAGAGUCAUUCAGCUAAGGCUCAGAGCUGGCCAGAAUGCUAGUGCUAAAGGAAAUUCUGCUUCUGGGAUUGGAAUUCCUGAUAAUAUUUAAUGUUAAGUAUGUUUUUGUUACACUUCUGGAAUUCUCACAUUGUUAUUUUCAGCUCCUGCUUGGGCUACAGUAUUUUUCUUUUGUUCCUAUUCAUUGUGUGAAGUAGUUACAAGAAAUGCAGGCUAAUCCCUAACUUAAUGUGUAGUAUUAGUAAAACUAUGUACAUAUAUAAAAUAUAUAUUAUAUAUUUCUGUGAAAAUUUAACAAAAGGGAGAUUUUUUUUGGUAAGAAAUCUGCCUUUGGCUUUCCAAUCUGGAUGUGGUGAGGGAGCAUCAGACACUAAUCUGAUGAAGGUAAAUUCAGGCACCAUGAUCUGGAGAAUACCUAAUUGUGUUCUUCAACGUUCGGCACUGAAAGGGAAUGACUAACGAUGCAGCUGAGAACAAGAAGGCACUGCACCCCUCUGAAGCGCUCCUGCACACCUGGCUUUCUUGGUAAUGAGAAGGGAUAUGAUGCUGUGAUCGCCUGCUCUGUAAGUAGCUGUGUAUCAGACACAGUGUGCGUGUGAGUGAGCAGAGAUCCUCCACCUCUUGUGUAGCAUGUACCUCAGGAAUCAGAGUAAACGCUGUGAAGAGUUGCUGCCUGGCGUGGGCCAGAGCUCCCCACUGUGGGGUCACACAGAGGAGGUGCAAUGGAACCAAGUCAAGCUGUUAUAAAUAGAUAAACCAUAGAAAUAAAUGUUGGUGCAGUUUCAUACA